AUGUCUAGUGCUCAGGAUGGGCUCAUGGUGCAAAUCAACAGCACUGUUGGAGGACAAAGAGGGUUGGACGUGAGUCUGUUGUUCCACCUGCACCCCUGCUACCCUUCCUGUCCCCCCGCCAACUCCGUCUCUUCCACUGGUCUUUCUAGGACUCAGUGUCACAACAUCAGACAGAAGCUGCUGGAUCAGGCUGCAGCUUUACCUCCAGAACCAAUGGUGCAUCAGCUCGUGGAGGGGCUGCAGCAGUGUGUGCAGGUGACAGAGAAGGGCAGAGGUGCCGAGGAGGAGGUGAAAGAGAGAGAAGCAGAGGAGCAGUGGAUGGCAGUGCUGUCGUUAGACCACACCCGAUCUCGAAAUCGUUACAUCAGUCUGCUGCAGCGCUGGAGCCAGCAGCUUCAGCUCAAUGGGACGAUAUUACUGGGACGGAGUAUACUGGUUAUUCUGCAGGGAGCCAGACCCAACAUCAGGGAGUUUUGUCGCUUUUUAAAGACGGUGAAGGUGGAUGUGGAUUCUUCAGGCAAGAAAUGCAAAGAGAGGAUGAUGAAGGUUCUCAUUGAAAGCCCUUCGUCCCCCUCCUGUGGACAUGGGCUCCAGGGUUUUGUUGUGAAGAGCUACGAGUCGUUAGCAGAGCUGAGCGCAGCCUUCCAGGAAAUCAACAUAACAGAGCUUUACCAGCAGAUACUGCCAUCAUUAAGUGACUGA